UCUGCCGAUAACGGUUCGCGUAUCAGCCUUGAGGAUGAGUCUCGAACCCUCAGCAGUUACGGUCUGCACUCUGGAUCAGUGGUCAGUCUGCUCAUCACCAACCCCGGACCUUUCCAAGUGUUCGUCAGGAAUGAGAAGGGCCAGACCGGGACGUAUGAAGUGGAUAUCAAUGAGACCGUAGAUCAGCUCCAGGCUAAGAUCUACCGCAAAGAGAGAGUCCCCGUGGACCAGCAGAGACUGAUUUUCAACGGAAGACAGCUGGAGUCCGGCAGAAAGUUGCAGGAAUACGACAUCAGCUCAGGAAGCAGCAUUCACAUGACUCUCCGUCUGCGAGGAGGAUGAUCGGGCGAAUGUGUGCAAAAAGGACCAAAAAGUGUUCUCUUUAGAUUUGUUAAUGAUGUAUACGAAACUCGCUGUUAAAAUUUUUUUUUUUUGCUUCAUAACGUCUUAAGAACUCAUGAAAUUCCAUUGUUGGCUAUUUAUCUGCACUUGUCUUCAGGGGAACACAUUCAGGUGUCCUUGUUACAUGUACUGACUAUUAUAAUAACAGUAAAUUCUGCAUAAUUACAUGCAAGUAUACCCAAGUCAACCCUAAUCCUAUAACCUUAACCAUAUGUACAUGUAGUUAAUCAAUAUUACUCAGUAUAACAGUGUAAAAAGGACACCUUAAAAUAAAGUGUAGCCCAACCCUCUUCAGAACUCAUGAGGAUAAUUCCAUUGUAUAUAACUGUAUCUUUGAUCAUGAUGAAUGAUCUUUCACUGUGACUAUAAUAAUAAAAACUCAAAUCAUUUGAAGAAA